AUGACACCAGCCUCCUCGCAGGCCUCGUCUCUAGCCGAAUCCAUUCUCCCCCAGAUAAAGCGCAGCGAUUCCCCUCAGAAGUUGACGCAUGACUAUAAGGACCAUCGCAUUCACAUCAUUGCCGAAUCGCCGCCCAGCGACAGAGGCGACUCUGCCGCUGGCACUCUUACGUUUCUCGUGGUCACCAACGGUUCCUCGCUGCGGCAAGCACCGUUUGAUUAUCUGGACAAGGUCCGCAAGCGCUUCUUCGAAGAGUUUCCCGAGAGCAGCAACUUCCCUGAAAUGCCGCACUACGGCGCCGGAUCGUUCAAUGUAGAGCUGAGAAACCUGAUGGUUGAGGCUGGCCAAAAUGACGCCUUUAGCAAUGCGAAGCGUGAAAUCAACGACGCCACGGAGAUCAUGACUGCCAAUAUUGACACCAUUGUGGCCCGAGGAGAGAAUCUGAACUUGCUUGUUCACAAGACUAGCGAUCUUAACAGCACCUCGCGGGACUUCAGAUUCCGCAGCCGUGGCCUUAGCCGCCGAAUGUGGUGGGAAAACAAGAGGUGGACGCUCAUCUUGAUUGUUGUUGCUUGUGCCCUCCUCGGGAUCAUAUUCGGCAUUGUUAAGGCGGCCGCUCCAUGA